AGCGAGGGUUCAAUCUGUCGUCUUCAACCAAAUAAAGGAUCACAUUGUGUAAGGAUUAACUUUAUUAACACCCACACAAAGAUACACUCCCUCACACAACCAGGAGGCUGUGUUUCCACACUCCUCUCGGAGGAAGACGCGCCCCCGGAUUCGCUGGAAGAGGGGAAGCCCUUCAGACGGACCACUUGAUGGGAUGCAGAGAGGAGAGAGGAGCUGCUGCCGUGGCUGUGCGUGAUGUUCGAGUCGUCCAUCAGGGUUUCAGCGCAACACGCCUGUAGCUGACAUCGCAGCUAGCAACUGAUCCCCAGUGAUUCGCGUCACCAUGCCAACUCCUGCGAUCCUCACAGCAACCUGGAGGAGGAGCUGCUAGGUUUACAACUAUAAUUCCAGCUCUGUUAGCCAACAUAAAGUGGAUCCCUUCCUAGAGACAAGGAAACAGAGAUGGUUUUCCAGUGGAGUCUCCGGCUGAUUUUCAUAUUGCUAGUGAAGACAGGACUUGCUGUUGGAUGUGUUUGUCCAGGAGCCACCAUUAUGUCCCAGUUUCCCUCCAAGGUUCCUGCUGAUGUGUGUUGCCUGAACUACUCUGGAUCUGCUUUCACCCGUGUGGACUGGUCUCUGUUUACCAAUGAAACAAACAUAGUGACACUGGAUCUCUCCAACUGUAAUAUCAGCUCUCUCGAUAUCAGUGGCGAAGAGGCUUCUGGGGCCUCUGCAUUGCAGAAGGUCUUUUUGAGUCAUAAUAGACUAAAAAUGUUACCAAGUGGGUUUCUGGGGAGACAGCCCAGUCUGAAGGAGCUGGAUCUGGCUGGGAACUUACUUCAGGAGCUUCCUGGGGACUUUCUAAAGGACUCCAACAACCUCCAGAAGUUGUUUCUACAAGAAAACCAGCUAAAUUUCCUCCCUAGCUCUAUAUUGGACAAUCCGAGGCUUCAAAAGUUGGAGCUGGAUGGGAACCGCUGGGACUGCUCUUGCUUGUUAGUGGAAGGCCUGGAGGCAAGAAGGGAGGCUAAUCGCACCAUCAAACUGCAGGAUCUGCUUUGGAACAUGACCUGCUUCUCUCCCUGGCACCUGGCCGGCAGGACUGUGUUGUCGGUGAAGGUUACCGAUGCGUGUCGGCCAGCCGGCCUCACAGCGCUCUUCAUUGUCCUUCCCCUCCUCGUCCUGUCCACCUUGCUACUCUGCUGGUGCUGUGGGAGGACGAGGAAGAAAAAAGAAGUGCCUACUUUCAGCAGCUCAAAAAAGAGGCCUCACAGUUCCAGCUCCAACGGCCAGAAGCAUCGCAGCAAACAGCAGCCUUCAGCGGCUGAGCAGGGUAAAGCUGGAGAGGGGAUCCUGAAGAACCAGCUGCUGCUUCGCCCAGCAUCCGCCCUCCUGGGCAGCACCAGGGACAUCUAUGAAGAAGUGGAGAUCAAGCUGGGCUCAGUAGAGUCUCUUCCCCGAGUCACCUCGUGCCGCUCCAGCUCCACAGAGGAGAGGCAAGGCUCCCAGGAGCCUGAUGGGGCCAAUAAUACAGAGCUGGACACGGUGAGUGUCACAGAAGUGAUGAAAGACUCAGCUGACAGGGAGAAAGCUUACAUGACUCAGUCAACCGAGUACUACAACCUGGUGCCAGGUAUCGAACUGGAGGACUCGGACCAUGGCGAGUACGAGAAUGUGGCGACAUCAUCUUCCACCAAAGAAUAGAUCAGCAUUACAGGAAAUACUUUAAAAAAUCUUUAUUAGAAUAUUUGUGGCAUUCACAUGGUGCCUUCAAACCAACUUCCUGCAUGAUGAGGUCUUAAGAUAUUCCUGCCAAAGUUACUACAGGUUUCUGUCCUUCUUUGUGUUUUUGUCUGUCUUCUUUUUUAUUUCAUCAGAGCAGAACUACCUAGUCUCAGUUGGUUUGGCAACUGAUCCACUUGAUUCUCUCAAAUAUCUGAAAAGAGUUUUCCUUAAAAUAGUCAUAUACUUGUGUCAUAACACACAGAAAGUUUCUAGAAGUUAGCCUCCCAUAGCAUAAAGAUACAGCAGGGCCUGCUCUGUCUGUACUGCCCUAUCUGAUAAAUGCAGAAACUAAAGUUAAGCAGAAACAACACUGUAGCUCAAUAAAUGACAAAUCUGUCAUGGCUUCGAUGCAUGCUCACGCCAUGGUAUUUUAGAAGUUUUUUAUUUCUGCUUCUGUGUCUGGAAUAAAUAAAGUUACGUUUUUAAGUUUAAAAGCCUGGAAAUACCAAGAUUUCUGUAAUUAGUUUUGGAGGUUUGAUAACAGUUUUACAUCUAACAGGGAAGCGCUAACAUGAAGAUGCUAAUGCUAGUCCAAAGCUUAUUUAGAAAUAAAUUCAUACAUGUAUUAGUGUCAGUGAUCAGAGGCAGAAAUACAUGUUGUUGUUUUUUACAGUGGACAUGUUGACUUGUCAUAGGUGGAAAAGCACAGCAUUGAUAACAGUGCAGUUUAAAUUAGCAGUGAAGGACUUCCUGUAAGUCAAAUGCAGCCGACACUGAUGCGCCUGUUCUUAACCCACAGAAAAACAUCUACUUUACACUAAUUUGGUUUCUUUCAAAACCAGCACUGCUGUGUUGGCUUGCUUUGAGGCAUAAAUUUGGGUAACUAAAUGUAUACAAAUUUAAUGUUUUCAGUAUUCUGGUUUGACUGGGCCUUUUUAAGGUGCUAGUAUGUUGAUGUCUAACCUGGGCAAAGCCAGAUAGCUCUUUGCCCUUCAUCGAAAGAAGACCUGUUAUGUUGGUCAGCUCUUCUAUGUCUGAAACAAGACUUUUUUUUAUCUCCCUUUAAGCCAAGUUUCUUCUGAUUGGCUGCCCUGUAGAAGGAGCAGAUUUGAACAGCAGGAGUGAGGCUGUUGUGCCCGCAGCUAUAGCUGUGUGCUUAGACCAUAUUACGAUUACCCACUCUAUAUGACAUUUAUACAGCACCUAGAGGAGAAACAAAAGAGAAAAACAAAUGCUAAAAGCAGAAUGAAGCCUGGGUUUUUGGCUCGCAGGCUUUAUACACACAAUUUAGACCUUUGGCUUUUACUACAAGCAUCCAACAUAGAGUACCUUACAAAUUUCUUAGACCACCUGUCAAAAAACUAAGAAAACACAAAUAUUUCAGAAAUCUUUCAAAGACUUGUUUACAACUGAAAUAACUGAAUUCACUGAACUAAAUUUUUCAUACUUGAAUUUGAGACAGUAUACUGGACUUAAGUGAGAGGCCAGAAAUGAAUCAAACAUAACAUUCAAACAUCAAAAUUAAAUUUUCUGAUC